UAAGAAACAGACCAAAAUCUGUUAUCCCCAUUUUUCUCCCGCUAGGCUCGCUUCACUCAAAUUGGCCCCAUCACUUCCCCAAUACUGACAAUUCCACCUUCAAAUUAUCUUCACUAGCAGUGCCACUUUACUUUUUUCUUUUGGGGUUCCAUUUUCUUUAUUUUCUAGCCCUUUGUGUUAAAUUUAUCUUAUUGACAUUUCUUCAAUGGUCCCUUGCACAUUGUGGUUGCUUUGUCACUAAAUGCUUGAAUGGUCUUUUGAACAAGUAAUAUGCAGAUUCUUGAAUUGAGUUUAUACUUUUUUGUUGCUCUAUGAGUCUGAAAAAUGUGGUCUAUUAUACAUGUCCUUAAUGAGCACUUCAAUGGUCUUAUGUCAAAAUUUAUUAUCUUUCAAGGAAAGUACUAGCUCUCUUAACUCAGUAUUUCUGCAUAAAAAUGCAAUUGCUGUUAGUUGGAGGAGGAGGAAAUCUUUUGGGGUUCCUCCAAAUGCAAAGAAAAAGCAAUCAAAGAAGAAAAGCUGGUGGAGAAAGUUCUUUCUUGAGGAUGAUGGGAAUUGGUUGGGACUAAAGGAUGAGGAUUUGCUUGAUGGACUUGAAUCUGAAGGCUUAGGUAGUGAUGAUAAUGAUGAGUUAUCAGAGAAUGAAAAGUUUGAAGCUUGGAAAAGACGAGCCGAGGCGAUAAUGGAGUUAAGGGAAGCACAAGAAGAUAUAAAGAAUGAGGAGAAUAAGAGGUGGGAGGAUUGGCUUGUGGAUGGAAAUACAGUUGAUUUAGGUAAUGGUUCAUCUUGGGUUUCAGAUUCCAAUGACGCCAUAGGAAAAUCUGAAGAUAAUAAAAUGCAGGAAGAUCCUAGUGAAUUGAUACCUGGGAGGGGUUUAGUUAAGUCCGUGAGGGAUAUGAUAAUCGGUAGGGAAGACGAUGAUAUGCUAUAUGAAGAUCGGAUUUUUCAGUAUGCUUCAUUUAACUCUGCUAAGUUUUUGGCAGUGCUGAUAAUUGUCCCAUGGGCUUUGGAUUUUGUAGUUCAUGAUUAUGUUCUUAUGCCGUUUCUUGACAGAUAUGUUAAGACUGUACCUUUAGCAGCACAGAUGCUUGAUGUCAGAAGAAACCAAAAGCUUGAAAUGGUUAAGGAACUGAAGACUGAGCAAGCGCGCUACCGCUUUGAGGUUGAGAUUGGUAAAUCUCCACCUUUGUCCGAAAAGGAGCUGUAUCUGGAGCUACGACACAAAGCGUUAGAGUUGCAGGACGAGUGGAGGUUAGAAAAUCGAAAGGCAUUUGCUAAUAUAUGGUCGGACUUUGUCUUUGGGGUCUCAUUAUUCAUUCUUUUGUACUUCAAUGAGAGUAAAGUGAAGCUACUCAAAUUUACUGGUUACAAGAUAUUAAAUAAUGUCUCGGACACCGGCAAGGCGUUUCUGAUUAUUCUGGUUACUGAUAUCUUUUUGGGGUAUCAUUCUGAAUCUGGGUGGCAGACUUUGCUCGAGGUCCUUGUGGAGCAUUAUGGUAUUGAAGUCGAUCAAGCAGUGAUAACCAUAUUUGUCUGCCUGGUUCCAGUUAUAAUUGAUGCCUGUGUGAAGCUUUGGAUGUUUAAGUUCUUGCCGAGAUUAUCACCUAGAGUGUCCAAUAUUUUCCGGGAAAUGACGAGGCAUUAAAGAGACUUUCCCUAUCUCUGGUUUUGGUUGCAGCAGCAUCGACAGGUAGAACAUCUGAUUAUUUGAUAUUUCAAAUACAUUUAUCCUCUCUUCCACUUUUCCAUAUAGAGGCUCCAUACCCUGAUAUUGGAGUAAAGUGUAAAAGCACAUUUUGUAUUUUUUUCAUAAUGUGAAUAGCUUGUCAUCGAAGUGGCGUCAUUCCUUGAAUAUCUUGGAUCAGAAUUGUGGGAAUAUUUGUUACCCCCCAUCAUUUGUUUGUUUACAAUAAUCAGAUUCUGAACAAAAAAGUUCGUCAGAGGUUUGAAAAUACCUCUUUAUAUAUCUA